AUGCCAGGCUGGUUCCGAAGAUCGUGGGCAUACCACGGCGAUGACGGGAAAUUCUUCAUCGAUACCGACUUUGGGGACAUUCCUAGUGCAGACUUCGGAGAUUCGGGCAAGUUUGGUCAGGGUGACAUUGUGGGUGUUGGCUUGGACAUGAAAUCAGGGCAUAAGUUUUGCACGCGGAAUGGAAAGAGGUUAGACAUGGUUUGGGCCAGUGUAAUUGACCGAUGA